AUGGGCAUCUGGGACUCCUUUACCGGUCGCAAGACAGCAGAACAACCCGCACAAGAUGCGCCCAUGCAAGACAUGGCCGCGACGACGGCGUCGCAACCACAAUUCGAGGCCCAAGAUGUCAACUCUUUCUUCAACACACCCGGCGCCUUCGACCCGGCUUCGCUACAUCCUCUCGCUGGCCUCAACCAGGACACUCUGGACUACCUGUCGCUCGAUGACCAGGCUCUGUCGGAGCUCCCCGGCAACCGUAGCGCCCUGCCGUCGCGUGGCUGGUCCGACGACCUCUGUUACGGCACUGGUGUGACGUACCUCGCUGGUCUGACUGUUGGUGGAGCCUGGGGUCUCGCAGAGGGCUUGAACAGACUACCAGCCUCGUCGCCGCCAAAGCUCCGCCUCAACUCGGCCUUGAACGCCAUCACCCGUCGCGGCCCCUUCCUGGGCAACUCGGCUGCCGUCAUUGCCAUGGUUUACAACGGCUUCAACUCUUUCAUCGGCCACUACCGCGGCCAGCACGAUGCUGCCAACAGCAUUGUUGCUGGUGCUUUGAGCGGCAUGCUCUUCAAAAGCACAAAGGGUGUCAGACCCAUGAUGAUCUCUGGUGGUCUGGUCGCCGGUACCGCUGGUGCCUGGACUUUCGUCCGCCAGAUCAUCUAA